AUGUGGUCGUUGUUGGCGGUCGACGACGUUUGUGGGCGGUGGUGGCCACAGCUGACCGUGGUGACGUGGCGUGGGUGGGUAGCGGGCGCGCGUUUACGAGGAGCGGGGACGUUGGUGGUGGUGGGAGGAGAGGUUAGUGGUGGUGGGAGAGAAGAGGGUUGUAUUUGGAUGAGCGUGAAAGCCGUUGCCAAACAAACAAUUGUUUGGCAAUGGGCUUGUGCCAAACAAACCGGAUUCCGGUUGCAUUCCGUCUAA